AAGUACAGCUCUGCCUGAGGUGGGAGGAUGUGAUGACGUGGCCCCACUCAGCGGGAACUCGGGCCUUUAAAAAGCUGAAGAAACAGCCUCAGAGUAAACGGUGGUUCCACAGGAGGAAAGCACGCCCAGUCACAUUAAAGAAGCCAAACUGUCUGCUUCAAAGAGGAAAGGCAACAUCCUGUCACAGGCCAUGCUCUGGCAAAAAUCUCCAGAGCAAGCUCCUGCCCCACCACGGCCAUACCAGGGUGUUCGAGUCAAGGAGCCAGUAAAAGAGCUACUAAGGAGAAAGCGUGGCCAUGCCAGCGGUGGGGCAGCUGGCCCACCAACUGCGGUGGUACUGCCCCACCAGCCCCUGGCGACCUACAGCACAGUGGGUCCUUCCUGUCUUGACAUGGAGGUUUCUGCUUCCACAGUGACAGAGGAGGGGACAUUGUGUGCUGGCUGGCUCUCUCAAUCUGCUCCGGCCACUCUUCAGCCCUUGGCCCCAUGGACACCUUACACGGAGUAUGUGCCUCACGAAGCUGUCAGCUGCCCCUACUCUACUGACAUGUAUGUGCAGCCCGUGUGUCCCAGCUACACAGUGGUGGGACCCUCCUCGGUGCUGACCUAUGCUUCCCCGCCACUCAUUACUAAUGUCACGCCAAGGAACACAGCUACGCCCACGGUGGGGCCCCAGCUGGAGGGCCCCGAGCACCAGGCGCCCCUCACCUAUUUCUCGUGGCCUCAGCCUCUUUCCACACUGCCCACCCCCGGUCUGCAGUACCAACCUCCAGCCCCGGCUCUGCCUGGGCCCCAGUUCGUCCAGCUCCCAAUCUCUAUCCCAGAGCCAGUCCUUCAGGACAUGGAUGACCCCAGAAGGGCCAUCAACUCCCUGACCAUCGACAAGCUGCUACUGGAGGAAGAAGAAAGCAACACGUAUGAGCUUAACCACACCCUCUCGGUGGAAGGCUUUUAGGGCUGGCGUGCAUUCUAACAACCCCCUCACGGGAAACUGAGAUUUAAAAUGAGGUCAGACGAAGCCCAAGUUCUGUCUGUUUGAAGUAGCUGUUUCAUAGGUUUCCUUUCUCCCUAAGGCUAAGCUGUACUUCUUCCUUCCUUCCUUCCUUCCUUCCUUCCUUCCUUCCUUCCUUCCUUCCUUCCUCCCUUCCUUCUACUUUCUCCCUUCCCCCAACCCCAUCUCACUUCUUUCUUAUUUCUUCUUCCUCUAGAGGGGGAGAUUAUAGUGAUACUAUGAAAAAUUUUAUGCCAGAAGUCACGAAGCAGGCAGCUCAGAGUUUCCCUUCGGUGUCACAUCAUUAGGGAAGUGGCCUUUCUCUUAGGUGCCUCCUGCUUCCUGGAUGCAGUAUUAUCAUUGCUCUACUCUAAGACCACUUACCUCCUCUGCCAUUCUGAAAUGCACAGGGUCCCAAGGGGAGACCAAAGGGGCCACCGCCUCCCUGCUGAGUCCCCAUGGAUAGGGCCUCCCUGCUCUCACGUCCCAUGGGUUUUUUUGUUUUGUUUUGCUGUUCUGAGCCCUGGUCUGAUUUACAGUGUAAUCAGAUGUUUCUGGUCUGCUAGAGGGGAUGGGACGGGAUUACCAGGGUGGGUAGGACCAGUCAGUGAGUGAUGGGAGACCGGGCUGGGGAGGAGCAGGACAAUUGGUGUGUUGCCUGUGCUUAGAGAGGGAGUAAGGAUGGGA